CCUAGCCUCAUAGUCAUAUUUUAUUAACGCGGAGUUCUUUCCCCCCAAUUUUUACGUCUAAUUUUUUUUAAUUAAACAUUUAAAUUUGAUCUAUCUAGGGUUAGAAGGCGUGGAUCCACUCUGAUAUAAUUCAUACAUAUGUACCUGUGAUUAAACUUCAUAGAUAAAACUAAUCGCAGAAAUUUCCUGUUUUUAAUCGGUAUUUUUUCAAAACAAAGAAAAUAAAGUGUUGCCAUCAGAAUCUGACCUUUUGUAAGGCAAUUGUUCAAUUUUUUUUGCUGUCAAUUGUCAUUUUCUGGGUUUAAAUAUCGUCCUGAUUUGGGGUCAUUUUUGUUAGUUCUUUUACAUUUAGAAGAGUAAUUUUUCUAGGAUUGUAUUUUGGGCAUUUGAAGAAUGGAUAAGAAGAAGGUAGUAACACCACUGGUUUGCCAUGGACAUUCUCGUCCCGUUGUUGAUUUGUUCUAUAGCCCGAUCACUCCCGAUGGGUUUUUCCUUGUUAGUGCUAGCAAAGAUUCCACACCAGUGUUGAGAAAUGGAGAAACCGGAGAUUGGAUUGGAACCUUUCAAGGGCAUAAAGGCGCAGUUUGGAGUUGUUGUCUAGAUAAGCAUGCUCUACGUGCUGCUUCUACAUUUGCUGAUUUUUCUGCGAAAAUAUGGGAUGCGUUAACUGGCGAUGAAUUGCUUUCUCUUGAGCACAAGCACAUAGUUCGGACAUGUGCCUUCUCAGAGGACAGCCACCGUCUACUAACUGGAGGUGUUGAAAAAUGUCUUCGCAUAUUUGAUUUAAAUAGACCUGAUGCACCUCCUACGGAAGUUGAAAAGUCUCCUGGGUCUGUUAGAACUGUCGCUUGGCUCCACAGUGACCAAACUAUCUUAAGUUCCUGCAUUGAUAUGGCUGGGGUGAGGUUGUGGGAUGUGAGAACUGGCACAAUUGUUCGAACAGUUGAGACAAAGUCUUAUGUAACCUGUGCUGAAGUGAGUCAAGAUGGACGCUACAUAACAAGCGCAGAUGGGUCAACUGUUAACUUCCCAGAACUUAACAGCUUUGGAUUGGUGAAGAGCUAUGAUGUGCCAUGUAUUGUGGAAUCGGCUUCAUUGGAACCUAAAUAUUGUAACAAGUUUAUUGCUGGAGGAGAAGACAUGCGGAUUCACGUGUUUGAUUUUCAUAUAGGGACAGAAGUUGGAUGCAACAAAGGUCACCAUGGUCUAGUGCACUGUCUUCGUUUCUCUUCCAGUGGUGAAUCUUAUGCCUCAGGAUCAGAAGACGGGACUAUCAGAAUAUGGCAAACUGACCCUUCGACUCAUGAAGAGCUAAACUUUUCAGCUGUUAAUGGAAAGGCGGAGAAUGGAGCCAAUGAGAUUACUAACCAGAUGGAGAAAGUUGAUAUUGCCAAAGAAGCAAAAAAUGAUGGGAGUGAAAAGAUAACCAAUGAAAAGGCAGCAGUUGCUAACUAAGAUUAUGUAUUGACAGAUUGUAGGUUGUACGAGCAGCCUAAUUUUCAGUGGUUCUUCUACACCCGACUUAUUUACAAUAGGGGUAUUGUACUUGAUGCUACCAAAAAAUAGUACCUGAAAGAUCUUAAGCUUGAUGAUCGAACUCCGAACUUUGAUGAACACGAGCAGUCUUCGAAUACCUGAAACAAAGGCAACAAGGUGUGUGCUCUCGCCCCUCCGAUGCUUAAGUCAGAUAGAGAAUUUAGUGCGUGAGGCUAUAAAUUAGAAAUAAUGAACAAUGUACCUCAAGAAUGAGCCCGGUUAUGUAUUUAUAGGUACCGAUGAUAGAGUCCUAGAAGGACUUAGCCAUGUGUGAUCCUUAUCCUUGUAGGAUAAGGGAUUAGUGUUUCAUUCCAAGUAUUCAAUCGCUGUUUGAGUCGAAAAAGGAAUCUAGCUAGAUAAGAAUUGUAGGUUGGGUAGAAUUUGUGUUCCAAUAGGUUGUCAAAAAGACCUGACAUGACGACACGGAGGCCCAACCUCAGUGACCCAACCUUAUAUUGGUGGUUUUGAGAGAGGUCAAGCUCGGGGACUUGUGUUCGAGUUCGUGAUCGGGUAAUUCUGGGGUGAUCACUGGCCCCCGUGCAUCAAUGUCGUGGAUUAUGGUCCAAGCCUAAACUAUGAGUGAAGAUGCAGAGGUAUAAAUGUCCAGGUGUCGCUCCACGUGUCACGCGCUUGAUGGAAUGUCAGAACUCGACCUCGGAUGGGUGCCACGUGGCUUGGUCCAAGGGUUGGGAUUAAUAGAUCGUUGGUAUUCUACAGUUUCCUAUAAAUACUCCAACUUUCACCAUUCAUUUUCACUUUUCACUCUCAAUUACUCUCAGUAAAAUCGAGCUCGAGUUCGAGGAUUGUGAGUUAGUAAGCGGUCAUCUGAAAAGGUAAGAGUUCGAGCCCUUAAGUUAUUUUUUGAAUAAGUAUAAUGUCGAGUAACAGUAGUAGUACGGGGUCGAGUGAUAGUGAUAGUAGUCAUCCAUCUAGGGUCUCGUUCAAAAGUGACAAGCCUGUUGAUGUAGAUACAUCCCUCAUUCCCCGGGCCAUCCGUAUCAAUUCGCAUGUCGAUAUCCACGUUAGCUUGACAUAUCCUAAGGAACCGACCAAGUAUAAAGAGCAUUUUAUUAUUAAGAUAGCCAGGGAGUUCGGCCUCAUGCUUGCCUGUGAUGUUAGGUCCCCGGGGCGUACUGAAAUGGUAUUGGAUGUUCGGGAGGGGGAGAUGACAUUUUUCAGGGAUACUUUUAAGGCCGGGCUUAGAUGGCCUCCUCAUUCCUUUUUCAUCCACUUUCUAUCCUCUUACUACAUAUGCUCGGGCCAAUUAGUCCCAAACGGUUGGAGACUGUUAGUGUACUUCUUCAUUUUGUGUAGAUGCAUCGAGGUUGAGCCUAGACUAGACGUUCUAAGAAUGGUUUUUGAUAUGAAAUUCUCUUUGGGGUACAACUGCUUUGUUUAUUUAUCAACAAAGGAAAGGGUUUAGAACACCAGAGACCCUGAGCUCCCUCCGGGGUUGGAAAGAGAGGUUUUUUUCGUGAAACCACAAAACCCUAACCACCCAUUUAAUCUGAAGUGGGAGGUACCCGACAAGGAUAGAUUUAACGAAGGACAAGCAUACUUCAAGGAAUUAGAGUGAGAUAGGUUAAGGUUAAUCAACCACGAUCCUUUGGCAGAGAAGAUUGAUUACUUGCUCAAGAAUGACACCCUUGACCUUGCCAAUGUAAAAGGCCUCAAGAGUACGUCCUUUCAUCUUGUUUUCUUCUCGUAGAUUCUCUUUGACCUUAAGGUCGGUCUAAUGUCUUAUGAUUUAUUUUUGCAGAUUUGGAAAUGUCUUUCAACCCAUCGAA